AUGUGGCCAAUUGAUCCAACUAGGAGUUUAGCAGAACAAGUAGCAAUGGCAGCUGUUCCAUACGAGAAAAACCUCCAUCCCAUUGAAAUAAUCCUAUCCAGAUCCAACAACUUCCGCAAAGUCAAGCGCAUCCUUGCUUAUGUCCUGCGCAUAGCUUCCAAAAUCAAGACGACCUUAUCCUUAACCCCUAUCGAAUUAGAUCGAGCAGAGAAGAUGCUCAUCACCUAUGCCCAAAACACGUACCUUAGUGGGGUAAAGCUGGCUAUCGAAAGGGGAAGGCUGUCCACCACUCGGGCCUUCCGGCACCUUUGGCCACUCAGCCUCUUUGUUGAUGACCAUGGCAUAAUACGUGUAGGCGGGAGACUGAAGAAUUCUUCAGAGGGAUACGAUAUUCGUCACCCCAUCUUAUUGCCCAAAUGCAACAUCACUCACAUGAUUGCCCUUCAACUACACCAAGAUUAUCAACACAUCGGUCCCCAAUCGCUGCUAGCGACCCUGAGGCAGAAAUAUUGGCCGCUCGGUUCAAGAGAUAUCACCAGAAAGGUUUGCCGUUCAUGUAUCACAUGCUUCAGGAACAAACCCAUCCUUCUUAACCAACUUAUGGGCAAUCUGCCAUCAGAUAGAGUCACUCUCACCACUCCAUUCACUACGUGUGCUUGUGAUUUUUGUGGACCGGUACUCACAAGACCAGCCUACAAACGCGGUGGCGCUUCUUAUAAGACUUAUAUAUGCGCCUUUGUUUGUUUUGCCACUAAGGCUAUUCACUUGGAGGUUGUAGGAGAUCUUACCACCAACUCCUUUAUAGCUGCUCUAAGACGGUUCAUUUCGCGUCGCUCUGCCCCAUCGCAAAUUUAUUGUGACAACGCCACUAAUUUUCGUGGAGCGGAUGCCAUAUUAAAACAACUUUUCAUUCAGCUAAAGUCUGAAAACAGUUUCCACGACGAAUGUGUAGCUAAGGGCAUCACCUUUCACUUCAUGCCCCCAAGAUCUCCUCAUCACGGCGGGCUUCACGAAGCGGCUAUCAAAUCCCUCAAAUACCACCUACGCAGAGAAAUUGGAAAUACUAUAUUAACCUUUGAAGAACUGUCCACUGUGGUUUGCCAGGUAGAAGCUAUUUUGAAUAGCAGACCCUUGACCCCAUUAACAGAGGAUCCCAACGAACCUGCUGCCCUGACUCCAGGGCACUUCCUUAUUGGAAAACCUCUAAAUAUGUUGCCAGAAAUCAAUCUUACCACUAUUCCGCCUCAUUCUCUUACUCGAUGGCAGCUUUGCCAAAAACUUCUGCAGCAUUUUGCAGCCAGGUGGAGAAAGGAAUACCUCCAAACACUUCAACCUAAAAAAAAAUGGUUCACCCCUCAGGACAACCUCAAACCAGGUGAUAUGGUCAUUCUUCAGGAAGAUCAGGCUGCUCCCAGUCAUUGGCCUAUGGGCAUUGUUGAGGCCACAUAUCCUGGGGGGGACGGAAAAUGUCGGGUCGCCAAAAUACGAACGACAAAGGGCACCUACCAACGGGCAAUACAGCGGGUUGCCAAAUUACCAAUGGAGGGAUUACCACCCUCAGAAUUCCCGCCCGGAGCAUGUUGA